ACGCUGCCGGUUGGUAAACAGUUUGCACCGACCGUAAAAACGCGGUUCCAACGAAAUAAAUCGGAUAAAGUGCGCGAUGGAAAGCGUGGACGAUUUGUUUAACGUGUUUCAGGAAGGGAACGAUGACGACGAUGUGGCCGAAGGGCCGGUUUUGUGCGAGGAAAUCAAACCGGAACAGCAACCGGUGGUGGUGAUUGACGACGAGGAUGCCGAAAGCCCUAGCACCAGCAAAGCGACGGCCACGAAACGGGAACUGCCGACGGAAUCGGAUGCGAUAGAUGAAGUAGAAGUUUUGGCGAAAAAGAUUAAGGUAGAAUCACUGUUGGAUGAAAUCAACUUGGAUAAUAUCGAGAGUCGCAUCAAGAUACACACGAUACAGUCGCCGGAUGCGUGUACGCACGAGGUGGCCGUCUACCCGGAUCAAGACUACGUACCGUUGGCCGCUGCGUCGGGCCCUCCAGCAAAGGAGUACCCGUUCGUGCUGGAUCCGUUCCAGCGCGAGGCAAUACUGUGCAUCGAGAACAACCAGUCGGUGCUGGUGUCGGCACACACCUCCGCCGGAAAGACCGUGGUAGCGGAGUACGCGAUCGCCAAGUCGCUGGCGGACAAGCAGCGCGUCAUCUACACGACCCCGAUCAAGGCCCUGUCGAAUCAAAAGUAUCGUGAGUUUCACGAAGAGUUCAAGGAUGUGGGACUGGUGACGGGCGAUGUGACGAUCAAUCCGACCGCUUCCUGUUUGAUCAUGACGACGGAGAUUCUGCGGAACAUGCUGUACCGUGGCUCGGAGAUUAUGCGUGAGGUCGGUUGGGUCAUCUUCGACGAGAUUCACUACAUGCGUGAUAAGGAGCGAGGAGUGGUGUGGGAAGAAACGCUGAUCCUGCUGCCGGACAAUGUGCACUACGUGUUCCUGUCGGCUACCAUCCCGAAUGCGCGCCAGUUCGCCGAAUGGGUGUGCCAUCUGCACAAGCAACCGUGCCACGUUGUGUACACGGACUAUCGGCCAACGCCGCUGCAACACUACCUCUUCCCGGUCGGUGGCGACGGUAUCCAUCUGGUGGUGGACGAGAAGGGACAGUUUAAGGAGGAUAACUUUAACACCGCCAUGAACGUGCUGCAGAACGCGGGUGAGGCGGCCAAAGGCGACCAGAAGGGCCGUAAGGGUGGCCUUAAGGCGACGUCGAGUUCGGGUGAAACGAACAUCUUCAAGAUCGUGAAGAUGAUCAUGGAGCGCAACUUUGCCCCGGUGAUCAUCUUCUCGUUCAGCAAGAAGGAUUGCGAGGUGUACGCGAUGCAGAUGGCCAAGCUCGACUUUAACUCGACCGUCGAGAAGAAGCUGGUCGAUGAGGUGUUUAAUAAUGCGAUGGACGUGCUGACGGAGGAGGAUCGCCAGUUGCCGCAGGUCGAGAAUGUGUUGCCGUUGUUACGGCGUGGCAUCGGGAUCCAUCACGGUGGAUUGUUGCCGAUUUUGAAGGAGACGAUCGAGAUUCUGUUCGGCGAGGGUCUCAUCAAGGCACUGUUUGCCACGGAAACGUUCGCCAUGGGCUUGAACAUGCCGGCCCGUACGGUAUUGUUUACGAGUCCGCGGAAGUUUGACGGAAAGGACUUCCGGUGGGUAACGUCGGGCGAGUACAUUCAGAUGUCGGGCCGUGCCGGUCGCCGAGGACUUGACGAUAAGGGUAUCGUCAUACUGAUGAUCGACGAAGCGGUAUCGCCGGCCGUUGGCAAAGAGAUCGUACAGGGUAAAGCGGAUCCCAUCAAUUCGGCAUUCCAUCUGACGUACAACAUGGUGCUGAAUCUGCUGCGUGUCGAAGAAAUCAACCCGGAGUAUAUGCUCGAACGGUCGUUCUUUCAGUUCCAAAACCAAUCCUCGAUCCCCGAUAUCUACAAGCGGGUGCAGGAGAAGCAACAGAAGCUGCAAUCGAUCUACAUCAAGGAGGAGCAAUCGAUCAUGUCUUACCAUCACAUCCGGGAGCAGCUCGAUACGCUCGGGAAACAGUUCCGGGAGUACAUUACGCGGCCCGUGUACCUGGUGCCGUUCCUGCAACCGGGACGUAUGAUCAAGCUCGAGUCCGAUCUCGGUGAGUUCGAGUGGGGCAUUAUCGUGAACUUUAAGAAGGAGAACGCCAACAGCAAACAGAACCCACUGAAAACGGAACAGAAGGUGGUGAUCGAUGUGCUGCUGCACGUGGCCGAUGGAUUCGAACGGGAGGGCAUUCCGAAACCGUGCCCACCGGGCAAACGUGGAUCGGUGGAGGUUGUUCCCGUGCUGCACAAGCUCGUAACGCGCAUCAGCUCGCUGCGUGUGUACUGUCCGAACGAUUUGCGGCCAGCCGACAAUCGCCGUUCGGUGCUGAAGACGAUCGAGGAGGUGAAGAAGCGGUUCCCCCAGGGACCACCGCUACUGAAUCCGAUCGAAGAUAUGCACAUCAAAGAGAAGGACUUCCAGGGUAUAGUGGACAUGAUUGACAAGUUCGAGAAGCGCCUCUUUGCCCAUCCGCUGCACAAUGCUCCGGAAUUGACUCGUCUGUACAGCAAGUACAUGGAAAAGCUAGAACUGGAGAAGGAGCUGAAGAAUGAGAAGAGCGCACUGCGAGAAGCCCGCAGCUUGCUACAUAUGAGCGAACUGAAGCACAGGAAGCGGGUGCUGCGACGCUUGGGUUACUGUACGGCUGCGGAUGUGAUCGAGUUUAAGGGGCGGGUCGCCUGUGAGUUGAGCUGUGCCGAUGAGCUGCUCAUCACGGAGAUGGUGUUCAACGGUACGUUCACCGAUCUCGGACCGGCACAAUCGUGCGCCCUGCUCAGCUGUUUCGUGUGCGAUGAGAAGAGCAAUGAGGUGCCGUCGUCGGCGGAGGAAUUGUCGGGACCGUUGAGGCAGAUGCAGGAUCUGGCACGUCGGAUAGCGAAGGUUUCGAACGAGUGUAAGGUGGAGCUGGACGAGGAGCGGUACGUCGAGUCGUUUAAACCGUUCCUGAUGGAUGUGGUGCUGGCCUGGUGUAAGGGCGCUUCCUUUGCGGAUCUGUGUAAAAUGACGGACAUCUUCGAGGGUUCCAUCAUUCGGUGUAUGCGCCGGCUCGAGGAAUUGUUGCGGCAGAUGGUGCAAGCUUCGAAGACGAUCGGCAACACCGAUCUGGAGAACAAGUUCUCCGAAGCCAUUCGAUUACUGAAGCGUGACAUUGUCUUUGCGGCGUCGCUAUAUCUGUAACGAUCUGUGACGGUUCAGUUCGGUUCGGUUCGUUCUUUCUCUGCUAAAUUUAAUGUUAAAAUAAAUUAGGCUGAAACAAUA